AUCAAUGCAAUACAAAGCUUAUAAAAGGAAUUUUAAUUUGUGGUAGAUUUGCACUAAUUUUCCCAAUCCAGAUAAGUUAGAUAAUUAAGCUCUGUUUCUCAUUUCUUUGAGGAAAGAAGGAACAAAUAUGUCCAGACAUUCAGCAGAGCAGGUGAUAAUUGAUGGACUGAAGAAGCUUCUCAAUCGUGAGGAGGAUGAACAAGACAGUGAGGUUGAGGCAAAAAUUGCGAAGCUAAUUUCUGUGUUGCAAGGGCCCCCAGAGCACCCUCUCGAUCCAGUUGAAAGGAUUAAAAAUGGCUUCUGUUACUUCAUGAAACAUAAAUAUGAUCCUGCAGUUAUAGAAGGUCAGCAGCCCAAGUUCCUGGUUUUUGCUUGCUCGGACUCUCGAGUUAGCCCUUCGCAUGUCCUGGACUUCCAACCUGGUGAAGCCUUCAUGUUCCGCAACAUUGCUAAUCUGGUUCCUGCAUUUAACCAGUUGAGGUACUCAGGCGUUGGAGCAGCCAUUGAAUAUGCUGUGAAACAUUUGAAAGUAGAAAACAUCCUGAUCAUUGGACAUAGCCGUUGUGGUGGGAUAGAGGCACUUAUGAACCUUCCAAAGGAUGGUUCUACUUCCAAUGACUUCAUAGAUGACUGGGUCAAAAUUGGUUUACCUGCCAAGGCCAAGGUCCUGGCAGAGCAUCCACAUCUCUCACCUGAAGAGCAAUGCCAAAUUUGUGAAAAGGAAGCAGUGAAUCUAUCACUGGUAAACAUUCAGAGCUACCCAUAUGUUAGGGCAGCAAUGGCAAAGGGAAAACUAGCACUGAGGGGUGGCUACUAUAACUUUGUUGAUGGAUCCUUUGAGCUUUGGGAGAUCAAGCAUCAAAUUAUACACCAGCUACCAUAAUUAGAGGCUGAAGUCUCUCUCCCACUUCGUUUUGGUUGCUAUUUUGCUCUAAACAUGCAUGUGUUUUUGUUUGCUUUGGGGGUCUGCAAUAAUAAUAUUAAUUAAUAAAGCAAGAAUGCUCUUCUUUUAUAUUUGCUCUUGUAUAGUUAUUUUCACAGCAUUAUAAAUAAUCCUCUGUUAUUGGACAUUUUAUUUCUUCUUGAAUAAGAUGACUACCAUCAAGUGGCCAUAUUGUGCCAACA